AUGGCAGACAAGAAGAUCGAAGGGGCUGAUUCAUCUCACAUUGUCUCUUCAACAAAAUCUUUGCAAAGUUCAGUAGGGCCUAAUCUAAUUGAAGGUACUGAUGAAGACGAUAGUAAUAACCUUCAGAAGACAGUAAGUGCCAAUUUUGUGGCAUCAUUGCAGCAAGAACAUCCUCUGGGCCUUGCAUUGGCUGAGAACAAUAGCAAUUUGCAAGAAAUUUCAGUUGAGCAGAAGAUUCCUACCAGUGUUUCUAUCAACCUUUCACCAAAAGUGGACAGCAGUGAAUUGCCAUGCUCCAUUGAAGUUCAUGAUGGUAUUCCAUCUUCCUCUAGCAAAGCUAAUGAACCAAUGGAGGCCCAAGAUGAUUCAAACACAGCCAGUUGCAUGUUCGAGGCAUCAAAGCAGCAAGAAUGCCCUAUAAACCUCAUAUUGACCGACAAGAAAGGCGAUUUGCAAGAAGUUUCAGUCGAACAAAAUGUUCCUUGUGGUGAUUAUGUUGCCCUUUCACCAAAAGCAGACGGUGGUGAAUUGACAUCAACCAAUGAAGUUCCUGAAGGCUUUCUAACUUCCUCUAGCAGAGCUUAUGAAUCAAAGGAAGCCCAAGAUGAUUCUAUCACAAUGGAUGCUUCAGAAGUAAAUGUCUGUGCAGCUUCAUACUCCACGCUUAGGUUAAUUGAAGGGGUCCAGGAUAAGGCUUCUUGUAUUGAUUCUGGUAAAGUUACUUGUGAAACACCACCUGCCAUCCUGGAAAGGGUGAAAGAAGAUAAGCCACUGGUCGUCCACAGAUUUCAUAAGCGCCAAAUGAGCCUAGGAGAUACACGGCAAAAGGUGCCUGCACCUGUGAGCAGAUCAAACACCAGCAAGUACUUAAGAAUGGAUAAAACCAUUGUUGAUACUACGUCUCCCAUUGAAUCAGUAAAGGUUGCUGCAUCAAAGUUUGGUGGCAGCAUCAACUGGAAAACUCGCAGGACACAGACAGCACUGGAGAGUGACCAUAUUGAGCUUGAUAAACUGAAGAACGAAAUUUCAGAAUGUAAACAUCAAGCAGAAGCUGCAGAGGCUGCAAAGUUAUCAGUAUUAAAUGAGCUUGAUAGAACAAAGCAGCUUCUCAAUGAGAUGAAACAUGUCCUGGAGAGGGAACAAACUGAAGAGGUGGAUGCCAUGGAGGACUUGGAGUUAGUUCAAUUUAUUUUACAAGCGAUGGAGGGAGUUGCCUGUAAUGAUAGUGCUGUGGUUGGAGAGAAGCUGAAUAAUAUUCAAGAACGACGCAAAGCAUUGAUUGCCAAAGUGAUGUCAGUGAAAGAUGAGUUGGGAAAAGUGCAGAAGGAUUAUGAUUCUUUGUUGAUCGAAACAGAUAUUUCCAUUAACAAAGCUCAGGCAGCCUUCACAAUGUCCAAAGAUGCAGAGAAAGAAGUAGAGGAGCUCACCAUAGAGCUGCAAAGACUAAAGGAAAUGUUUGAUUUGGCUAACGCCACAUGCCAGGAUGCUGAAGAACGCAAGAAGAACACGUUGAUGGCACGUGAUGAGGAUUGCCUUUCAUGGGAAAAGGAUCUCAGGCAAUCGGACAAAGAGCUGAAUCAGAUCAGCUUGGACAUUUGUUCUUUUCAAGAAUUGCAAUCAAAGCAUGAUAUGUCAGCCAUCAUGUUGCUCAAUCUCAAGAAUGAGCUAGCCGCGGGUUUGGGGGCAAAGCUAAUCGGGGAAGCAGGAGAACAAGAAAGUGGAACUCAUAAACCCGUGCAAGAAGAAGUCAUCAUUAUGUUAAAGAAUGAGCUCGAGGAGCACAGGAAAAGCAUAGCGAAGGUGACAGAUGAAUUAUGUGCUCUGAAAGCUACAGCUGCAUUGCUAAAAUCACAAUUGAACAAAGAGAGAGCAGCACUUGCCGCCACUCAACAGGUGGGAGCGAUGGCAUCCAUAACCACCCAAUCUCUCAAGAUGGACAUCGAACUGUCACAGCAGGAACUUCAAGCAGUCCAUGCCAAGGCACAGGAGUGCCGAGAUAGAAUGGACAAGGUUCUGCAAGAUGCAUCCCAGGAAGCUGACGAGGCUAAAGUCAUUGCUACCAAGGCUCAGGAGGAGCUAAGAAAGACCAAGGAAGAAGUGGAGCUAGCGAAGGCUGCUCUGAGCACUAUGGAAUUCAGGCUUGAAGCAGUCCUGAGGGACAUACAGGCGGCAAAAGAGUCCGAGAUGCUGGCGCUCAACACUCUGAGAACAUUGGAGGACAGCAAGGUUGCCGUAAACGUCAAACAAGGCUCCUCUCAGAUGAUCACUCUUGGCUUGGAUUACUACACGUCUCUGAUUCAGAAGUCCCGUCAGGCAGAAGAGCCUGUGCACGAGAAGACAGCUGCUGCCAUGGCACAGGUUGAGGCGGCAAAGGAGUCCGAAUUGCGCACCUUAUCAAGACUGAACGAAAUCUUCAAGGCCUUGGAAGAACAGAUGCAGGCACUGGCCACGGCCACCGAGCGGGCAGGCAGGGCGACCGAAGGCAAGCUGGCCAUGGAGCAGGAGCUGAGGAAAUGGAGAGAGGAGAACCGGAAGCGCCACCGCAAGGCCGGUGAAGCUUCAAAACCUGAAGCCAGACCUUCGUCAAGCGCUGCAGAGAUCGUGGGUGGAGAUACGACGUGCGCGGGCAAAGAAGACAGCUGUGCCGCCGCGUCGGUUCAUCCGGUGUCGAACGCGUCCGGGAGGAGCAGCCCCAGCGAUCUGGCACUGCAAGCGAGGACGAAGAAGACGAAGCAGCUGUCGUUGUUCCCUCGCGUCAGCAUGUUCCUGGGCUGCUGGGCGGGAGGCGGCUCAGAGCUGCGAAGCUUGUCAUUCAGAAUGUGA